AUGGUAAAAAAAAGUAUCGACGCCAAGGUGCGGCCGCUGGCUAACCCCAGCCUCGAAAAGACGAGCCUUGUCGGCGCCGCCCGGCUCUACGUGAGCAAGGAUUCACUCAUUGCCCUCACUCAUGGACUGGAGAGCAACAAGCCAUGCGUGGUGGAAAAGCUGCAGCUGGAAGGCGAUGAAUCCACGGCAGAACCGAUACGUCGCGAGGCUUUGCUAUGUGUACUGCCGGAAAAGAACCUCAGCCCCAACGUGGUCAUGAUGACGCGGGUCUUCCAGGAAGCGACAGGGUUCAAGGUCGGUGAUCAGGUGCGCAUUUCGAUGCGAGAGACGACGCCGGACGUUGAUGAAGUGAUUGUCCGGGACAUGGAUGAGGAGGAUGCCACUGCGGCGCAGGACAAAUAUAUUCUCGACUGGAGGGCAUGGAUAACCAGAUUGAUGGACCGAGCGGAGCAUGUAUUCCCUGGCAUGAUCUUUGAGGGCGUGGUCCUCGGUAAGCAGCGCUACAAGUACAAAGUUGUCCGCGUCAAUGGGCAAAGCCACAGUCUCGGCCGCUUUCGCCGCACCACCAGCACCAUCCGCAUCCUUAAAUCCGACGAAGAUGAUGCUGCUGCCGCUUCCGAAGAUGCUGACGGUACGCCCGGCGGAGACCUCGUUGUGACAGGCGUCCCCGGCUUGGCCAAACCAGUUGCCGCGCUCAACCACUUCCUCGAGGCUUUUGGCCGCCGGUUCCGCGUCGCCGGCGAGCGAGAGUCGUGCGCAUUCAUGGUGCACGGCGGGCACGGCACGGGCAAGACGCUGAUUCUGGAGCGGCUGGCCGCGACGGGCUGGGGCGCGGUGCACUGGAUCCAGCCCGGGGACAAGCUAUCGACCAUCCGCGACAUCUUUAAGCAGGCCACCGCCAGCAGGCACCCGAGCAUCAUUCUCAUCGACGAGUUUCAGGACCUGAUCUCCAAAGACCGCUCCAACCGCGACGACGUCAUCAGGACGCUCACCAACGAACUCGACGCGCUGUCGGCCAGGGCCAAAGCUGAGCAGCGCCUGCCAUACGUCGUCGUCGUGGCCACGUGUCUCGACUACAUGCUCGACGUGCCGGUCAAGCUACGGAGGCGGUCGCGGUUCUAUAGAAAUGCCGCCCUGCCGAUCCCCCGCGCGCCCGAGCGACGGGAAAUCCUCGACUUCUUGAACCCGCCCCUGCGAGAGGCGGAGCGCGAAGCGUGCCUAGCAAACAUAGCCUCGCGGACACACGCGUUCAACGGCGAUGACUUGGCGUGCCUGGUGCUGAACGCCCUGGAGAUCCAGGCGACACGUCUGGGCAGCGAAGCGAAAGCUGCUGCAGAGGAGAGCGGGGAGAUGGCUGAGCCCCAGGAGAAAGAUUCCAUGCCAGCGUCCGACAUGGAGCAGGCGCUAAAGGUGACGGAGGCGACGGCCAUGCACGACAUCAACCUCAACCCGCCUACAAUCCACUGGCGCGACGUCGGCGGCCAGGACAAGCUGAAAAAGGUUCUAUCGCGGAUGAUCAAGAACACAAAAGACACAAACCCUGCCAUCAAGCGCGUUCUGCCUAACCCCCCCAAGGGCUUGCUGCUGUACGGCCCCCCGGGCUGCUCCAAGACACUCUCCGCGCAGGCCAUGGCGACCGAGUCCGCCUUCAACUUCUUCGCCGUCAAGGGCGCCGAGCUGCUCAACAUGUACGUUGGCGAGUCUGAGCGCGCGGUGCGGACGCUGUUUGCGCGCGCGCGCGCCGCCGCCCCCUCCAUCAUAUUCUUCGACGAGAUCGACUCCAUCGGCGGGCAGCGCGCCCCCGGCGGAGGCAGCGCCAGCCGCAGCAACGGGUCCGUCAACAUGCUCACCACGCUCCUGACGGAAAUGGACGGCUUCGAAAGCCUCAACGGCGUGCUGGUGCUCGCGGCCACAAACAGGCCAGAGUCCAUGGACCCCGCGCUGCUCCGACCUGGCCGUUUCGACCAGAUCGUGUACGUCGGGCCACCGGACGAGGCCGCCCGCGAGGCUGUAUUCACGGUGCAUCUGCGUGGGCUGACACUGGCGGCGGACGUCGACGCCAAGGAGCUGGCGAGGCUCUCCGAAGGGUACUCGGGCGCGGAGAUCAAGGCGAUUUGCAGCGAGGCAGGCAUGGCGGUCAUGGACCGCCACGAUGACAUGGACGGGCAGGCGCCGCUGGAGAUUGCCAUGGAAGACCUAAAGGCGGCCAUGGACAGAACGCCACGCAAUAUCACCAAAUUCAUGACGGAUUCGUACGAGUCGUGGUCAAGGCAGUUUAGACGGACAUAG